UCCUGCUUUAGUGAGGUACCUGCAAAAGGAUGGCAAGUGAUUUCUUGGCACAUCUAAAAACUUUGGAGGAACAUCAAGUGCAUGCAAGAUGCAAGGAGCUGCAGGAUGAAGUGCCCAGACAUUUGGAGUCAUGUGAUGUUGUUCUUCAAGCACAAAUCAUUGAUGCCUUUAUUCAGAAAACAAUUAUUAAGGCAUCUGAGUCAGAGGCUAAAAACAUGUUUAAAAUCCUGCUCCCACCCGCAAUUAGAGCAUGUGACAGUGCCUUUGAGGCUUUACAGGCUUGGGAUAAUGUUCAAGAAGUUUUGAAACUCAUCUGGACUCCCAUUCAUAUUUUGGGCUGCAUCUCUGCUUGCUGCCUACAUGCACAAGACAAGGAAUGGACAUCCUCCUCUUUGAUGACUGAUCUUUUACAGUAUGCCUUCCACAGUCUCAAAGCUACUUAUUCACACUGCCAGGACAGCUCGCGCAUGUACGGCAGCGUGCUGGAGUCGGUGAAUGAGCCGCUCACACAGCUGUUCCGCGCCGCCACGACCCUGCAGGCACACCUCCAUCAACUCUGCAGCUCUUUGGCCACCUCUGACGGUCUGACCGAGGACGACAUGGCCUUGCUCACCUCAGUCUGUGACGACCUGGCGGUGACCGGUCGCCUUCUGACCAGGCUGGACGCUCGCGCCAUGGCUGAGGCCUGGAAGUGCUACCUGCGCCUGCUCCAGCUACUGCCGGAGCGGCUGCCGGCCAGCGCCGACCUGCCACGGGCGCUGACCUUCAUGGCCGGCGAGGUCACUGACCGCCUGGCCGAAAUACGCCAGACGGCCGCCGACAAGGCGUCUGGCGGUGACCAGAGCCGGCCGCUGUCGAAGGCGCUCAAGAUGUGCGGCUUCUACCUGAAGCUGGCCGUCGGUCUGAGUGAGAGCUACACGGCGCAGGCGCGAGGCGCGUUCGGCGUUCUCACAGAGCUGGCGUUCACCCUCACCAGGUACUCCGCCCCCGACGCGCACGUAAACGACCUGGACCCUGCUGUGCUCAGUCAGCUGAGCAGUCAGCUGACGGUGGCCGCCGAGCCGCUGCUCUUCAGCAUGAUGGAGGAUCAGGCAUACCCAGAGCCGUUCUGGGAGGCCCUGGACGCCAGCGAGGCUCUCGGGCCGCUCUGUCGGCUGCGCUGCUGCCUGGCGCUGGCCCGCCGGUGCUGCCACCUGCCGGAGGCGUCACGAGGCGUGUGGACGGCCGGUGCCGACCGGCGCCACCUGGUGGCCGCCGCGCUGGACCUGCUGCCGCGCUGUGACGUUGAGCUGGCCUGCGGCGCGCCCGUGGAAUCCGAUAUCCACAAUCGACCCCGGGUCAGCCUGUACGAGCACACCCUGGUGUCGGUCUGCGCCCUGGUCGGGAGCCUGACAGCGCCCGAGCUGCGCGCUACCGAGACACACCUGUGGCGCCACCUGUGCCAGUCUGGCGUCUGGGGCGCGCUUCUCGCCGCCGACGUCCUCUGUUUUAUCGCCAGGCUAGUGCUCUCUGUGUGCCUGGAGUGUUAA